AUGGAUAUUUCCAGUCUUCACUUGAUCCUGGCAACAGCAAUCUCCCUCCUAGCCCCUUUCAUCCUCCUCCUACUCAAGAUAUGCACCGGGCCCAAGCGGGCCGAAAACCUCCCACCGGGCCCGAAAAAGCUUCCCCUCAUCGGCAACCUCCACCAGAUGGGCUCCCUCCCCUUCCGCUCCUUACGGGACCUCUCCAGGCAGCACGGCCCAAUCAUGCACCUCAUGCUGGGCCAGGUCCCAGCCAUCGUGGUCUCCUCCCCGGCCCUCACCAAGCAGUUCCUCAAGGACAACGACCCGUGCUUCGCGGACCGGCCCCAAUCCAUCGUUGUCGAGAUCAUGUGGUACAACUACUCCAACCUUGCCUUCAGCCCGUACGGGGACUACUGGCGCCAGAUGCGCAAGAUAUGCAUUCUCGAGCUCCUCAGCGCCAAGAACGUGCGCUCCUUCGCCUCCAUUCGGGCCGAGGAGAUGGCCCGCAUCCUCCAGUCCAUUCGGGCCUCGGCCGGGAAGCCCGUGAACCUCACGGACAAGGUGUUCUCCCUAAUAAGCUCCAUCACGUGCCGGGCCGCGUUCGGGAAGGUGUGCAAGGACAAGGACGGGCUGGUCGGGCUUCUGAGAUCCGGGCUUAAGUUGGCAGACGGGUUAGUCGUUGCUGACCUGUACCCGUCUUCUAGGGUCGUUAGGGCCCUGAGCUGGAGCAGGAGGAGGCUGGUGGCAAUGAGGCGCAAGAUCGACACGAUUCUGGAUGAGAUCAUUCGGGAGCACGAGGAGAAUCUGAAGAAGAUGAAGAGUGAUUUGGGGGAGAGGAGGGGGAAUGGGGAGUUUGGAAAUGAGGACUUGGUUGAUGUGUUGUCGAGGGUUAUGGAGAGUGGGGAGAUACAGUUUCCGAUUGGUAACGACAACAUCAAGGCUGUUAUACUCGACAUGUUCUCAGCUGGAACGGAGACAUCGUCGUCCUUGAUUGACUGGACAAUGGCUGAACUGAUGCGAAAUCCGAGAGUGAUGGCCAAGGCCCAGGCUGAAAUUAGACAAGCCUUCCAAGGGAAGGAUCAGGAGUUUGACGAACACGACGUGACCCACAAACUAAAAUACCUAAAGCUCGUAAUCAAGGAGUCUAUGAGGCUACACCCGCCCGUACCAAUCCUCCCGAGGGCGUCCAGGGAGGAACGUGUGAUCGGCGGGUACACGAUCCCGGCUAAAGUCAGAGUCAUGGUCAAUACAUGGGCCAUGCAAAGGGACCCGGAAUGCUGGAAAGAUCCGGAGAGUUUCGUGCCGGAGAGGUUUGAGGAGGGGGGACCAGAUUUCGUGGGUGGGGAUUUUGAGUAUCUGCCUUUCGGGACAGGAAGAAGAAUGUGCCCUGGGAUGACGUUCGGCCUGGCUAGUGUCGAGCUGCCUGUGGCCUGGCUUCUGUACAGCUUCGACUGGAAGCUUCCGGAAGGAGUCAGGGAGGAGGAUUUGGACAUGAUCGAGAAUCCCGGGAUCACAGCCUCCAGAAAGGAAGAACUUUUCGUCGUGCCAACUCCGUACCAGCCUUCUUAG